AUGCUGGACUAUGUGGAGAGAGCCACAUGGAACGACCGCUUCUCUGAUAUUUAUGCCUUAUGUGUGGCAUACCCAGAGCCUCUGGGGGAGAGACUUUAUACAGAGACCAAGGUCUUUCUGGAAAACCAUGUUCGACAGUUGUACAAGAAAGUCCUGGAGUCUGAGGAGAAGGUUCUGGUCAUGUACCACAGGUACUGGGAGGAGUACAGCAAAGGAGCAGACUACAUGGACUGUUUAUAUCGGUAUCUCAACACUCAGUUCAUCAAGAAGAACAAAUUGACAGAAGCAGACAUUCAGUACGGAUACGGAGGAGUGGACCUGAACGAGCCCCUCAUGGAGAUCGGAGAGCUGGCCCUCGACAUGUGGAGGAAGCUGAUGAUCGAACCUCUUCAAGACGUCGUCAUCAGAAAAUUACUGAAUGAAAUCAAGAAUGAUCGUUGUGGGGAGAACCCGAACCAGAAGGUGAUCCACGGCGUCAUCAACUCUUUUGUUCAUGUUGAACAGUACAAGAAGAAGUUUCCACUAAAGUUUUACCAAGAAAUAUUCGAGGGACCAUUUCUGAUAAAAACAGGAGAGUAUUACAAGCAAGAAGCCUCAAAUCUGCUUCAAGAAUCCAACUGUUCGCAGUAUAUGGAGAAGUACCUGCGCUGUGUGUCAGUACCUGCGCUGUGUGCCAGUACCUGCGCUGUGUGUCAGUACCUGAGCUGUGUCAGUACCUGUGCUGUGUGUCAGUACCUGUGCUGUGUGCCAGUACCUGUGCUGUGUGUCAGUACCUGA